AUGAUUGUAGUAUUAGCCAUUAUGGUUGAAGCUCAGAAACAAGAAGGAUUCAUCAGUUUAGAUUGCGGAUUCCCUAUUGAGGAAUCUCCUUAUAGUGAUCCCUCAAAUGGAUUAACAUACACAUCAGAUUCCGCUUUCAUCCAAACCGGGAAGAGUGGUAGAGUCGAUAAAGAUCUCAACAAAAGAUUUUCAAAACCAUAUUUGACGCUGAGAUACUUUCCAGAAGGAAAACGCAACUGUUAUAGUUUGAAUAUCAAGCGUGGCACAAACUAUCUCAUCUCGGUUAGCUUUUUAUAUGGAAACUAUGAUGGUCUUAAUGCUUUUCCAAACUUCGAUCUCUAUUUUGGUCCCAACAAGUGGGCAAGAAUAGAUAUGGAAGGAAGACAAAAUGGUACAAAUGAGGAGAUCAUACACAAAGCUAAGUCAAACUCUUUGGAUAUUUGUCUUGUUAGAACAGGAGCAACAUUCCCAGUAAUUUCAGCAAUUGAAAUACGGCCACUUAGAAACAAUACUUAUGUUACACAAUCCGGUUCACUCCGGCUAUCUUUCCGGGACUACUGUAGCAAUUCCGCAGGGCAUAUAAGGUAA